AUGAACGGAGCGGCCCCGUCGAUUUUCGACCCUAAGAAGCGGGUGCUGCAGCUGGGCGAGAGCUUUGAGAAGCAGCCGCGCUGCGCCUUCCACACCGUCCGAUAUGAUUUUAAGCCUGCAUCUAUUGAUAUGUCCUGUGAAGGAGACCUUAAAGUUGGCAAAGGUGAACAGGUGACAAUAACACUGCCAAAUAUUGAGGGCUCAACUCCACCAGUGACUGUGUUCAAGGGCUCAAAGAAGCCUUACCUAAAAGAAUGUAUCUUAAUAAUCAACCAUGACACUGGAGAAUGUCGCCUAGAGAAACUUAGUAGCAACAUCACUGUGAAAAAAACCAGAGCUGAAGGAAGCAGUAAAGUCCAGUCUCGCAUAGAGCAACAACAGCAGCAAAUGCGAAAUGCAACUAAGGGUCCAAACAACAUUAAAAACUCGCCACCAAAAGACAAGAUGUUUCCUCCUUCUCCUAUGGAUGAUAUUGAACGAGAGCUAAAAGCAGAAGCUAGUAUCAUGGACCAGCUGAGUAGCUCUGACAGUUCAUCUGAUUCUAAAAGCUCUUCGUCUUCAUCAAGCAGUGAAAAUAGUUCUAGUGAUUCUGAAGAUGAGGAAAUGAAGCCCUCUCUUCCUAUGUCAAUGCCUUAUUUGCAGCCACAGCCUACUGUGUCUGCCAUACCACAACAGGCUGUCCCUGACAAAGAUGCCAGUCAUAACAGAUCCCAAGAGAGCAGUGGUCAUAUGAUGAAUACACUACGAAAUGACUUGCAGCUGAGUGAAUCUGGAAGUGAUAGUGAUGACUGAACAAAUUUUCGGCCUUAAAUGUAUCACCUUUUUUGCUAAAUAUGUCUUAGCAUCUGUUUUGCACUAUGAUUAGAUUUAGAU